AUGCCCUCAAAGGUAUCAUCUGUGGAUGCGUCCACUGUGCCGGUCGAAGGGGAGACGAUGGCGAAUAGUAGACUUCUACGGUACUCAUUUGUACGCACCAUAUUAGAGGAAAACGAAAAAAUGCUACAUGAAAUUGACGAGCUGCGCGAUAUGGUAGCAAGACAAAAUGAACAGCUUAUCGCUGAUGAAAAGCGUAUUCGCUUCCUUGAGGCACAACUUGCCACAGGGUCUGACUCUAAUUCCGUUGAAGAACUCUACGCUGAUUUUGUUGGAGUCGACAAAACAAGUAUUUUGCGUUCUAUACUUGGUGCUAUUUUAACGUGUCAAUUCGGUGACUGUUACGCAAGAGUGUGUGCCCGCUCCAGGCGGAUUCCACAGGAUGCUGAAAUUAGUUUUACUAUUGCUGAAUCUACUAGUAAUACUUCUUCUGCUGAUGCUGAUGUUGUUAUUGUUGCUGCUAAGAAACAAGAAGAGAGAGAUCGUAUGUUUGAACUGGCCCUUCGUGAAUCUAACAGGCGCCUAGAUGAAGCGUGUCACUUACUGCAGUCUUACCAGGACACGCCAAGUUUUUCAGCCACACCGUACGAUCAACUCAUGAUUGAGGUCAUGAUGCACGUAAUUGGUUUGUCAAAGAUGAUGAAUGCCAUGGUAAUGGAGAAUUUCAAUUCCCCCACAGCAAUGACGCAGUGGUUAAUUAAUGUUCGCAAACCUCAAAUUUCUGAUAUUGAAAGUGAUAUGACGCCUUUAUUACCUUCAGAUCCUCCACAGGAUUAG